UAAUUACAAUUUAAUAUAUUAUUAAUUAAAAAUUACACAAGUAAAAAAAUAAUUGACGAAUUAAGAGAGAAUUGAGAUUGGAAAAUGAAUAUGACAAAAAAAUAUAUUGGGUUAAGUCGUUAUUUGCCUUACCUUGAAAAGCAUCGUAUUUAUGAAUUGUUUAAUGAUAUUAACACAGAUCUUGUGAUACAAAAACCAAGCGAUCCUCUAGACUUCAUCAAGCAUUGGCUGGAAGAAAAUCCAGUCUACCGAGAUCGCCUGAGAAUAAUUCUUCUAUCUUCGCCGGAUUUUGAUAAAAAAAAGCUAGCUGAAUAUUUAUCGGAGAAAUUGAAUAUCAAACCCGAAAAUCAAUUUAAUGAUUCAUUUGUAAAUUUGAGCUUAGAAAAUUUAUAUUCUUGCAAAGACUGGAUAUUUAUUGAUUUCCCUAGAAAUAACUCAGAAGCUUGUGCUUUGAAAAGAAAUGGCAUUCUUCCGACUCAUGUCUUUGAAAUAAUUGACAGUUUAGGAGAUAAUUCUCGUGAUAAUGCAUUGAAGGCACAGGUUAGCAAAAAUAACGGCUCUGCUGAUUAUAAUUUACACAUUAAUAGUCUUCGUGAUGAAUACAAGCCUUUUUUACACAAAAUAGAAUCUACGGGAAGAACAUGUGAAGAGAUAGGAAACAUUUGUAUCUCAAUCACUAGAAGACAAAGAUACAAUAUACCGUGUAUUUAUUGUGUAGUACUGAUAGGUCCACGAGGAUCAGGAUUUAGAACCGUGGCGAAAUAUCUCUCUCAAAAAUACGGCCUUGUAAAUGUUGACUUGGAUUAUCUGAUAGAGCAAACGAAGAAACAAAAUUCAUUGCUCGGCGAAGAGCUACGCUCUUUGGAUUAUCGGGGUACGGUACCCGGCUCGGAAAUGAGAUUUAAGGUCGUGGAGAAUAAAUUGAUGAGCCAGGAGUGUAACAGAAAAGGCUGGGUAUUGACUAGAUAUCCGCUGACUGUUGAAGAUUUUCGGCUGCUGAAUUCGCUUACGACACCUCCAAACAGGAUCAUUUUUCUCAGCGUCGAUCAAGUGACAUGCAGAGAACGAUUACUGUCUCGGCGAUUUAAUAUACUUACCGGAAGCGAGCAUCACUUAACGAUAGACUCAGAUUUUCAGAGUGAUUUUGGUCAAGAAUUGGCUGCUCAUCCGAAAGAUUAUGGCAGUAAAGUUGAACAGGAUCAAAAAAUUAUCUUCUAAAAUUGAAGGCCUUUCUUCGGCUCUUCGUGUCGACAAGAAGUUGAGCUUGUCUCUUGAGAAUACUUCUCGUG